UGUAGCUAUAGGCCCAAAACAUUGUUCAAACUAUAAUUUUGAUAUCAGGGAUGGUCAGUCCUUGCAUAAAUAGCUCUUUCUACGAAUUUGAUUGUGGUAACACUUCUCCAGGCCAAUCUCUCAGCUUUUUAUCAAAACAAAGGUGCUGGAUGUUGGCCGCAGCUGCAUCCUUGUCUCGAUUGGGGGCAAAAAUAUUAUGCUUGAUUGUGGGAUGCACAUGGGUUUCAAUGAUGAUGGCUGCAUGGAUUGAUAAGUAUCGGCCUGACAUCCUCAUCUUAGAGUCUACCUCCGCCACCACCAUCCGUGACUCAAAGAGGUGCAGGGAAAGGGACUUCCUGAAGAAUGUACAUGAGACAGUGGAGAGAGGAGAGAGGAGGAGAGGUUCUGAUUCCAGUUUUUGCCCUGGGAAGAGCUCAGGAACUGUGCAUUCUAUUGGAAACAUUCUGGGAGCAGAUGAACACAAAGGCCCCCCAUCUACUUCUCCACAGGGCUCACAGAGGAAGCCAAUCACCUCCACAAACUCUUCAUCACCUGGACCAAUCAGAAGAUCAGAAAAACCUUUGUACAGAGAAACAUGUUUGAGUUCAAACACAUCAAGGCCUUUGAUCGCUCCUAUGCAGACAACCAAGGACCAAUGGUGCAGAAACAUCAUACUUUUGUAUGCUACUGCUAUAACAUUACUUUACAGUUGAAUGUAUGUUUAGGCAUUGAUAUGCUUUAGAUACAGACAAUUCCAAUAAUUUGUCCAUUAUAGAUACUAUACUUCUUACCCCAGUGAAUAUUCUACAUAGUCACUGUAGACCCGUUAUUAUUAGGUUUAUCCAUGAAAUUGUGUUGGAGCAGAUAGUGUGCGACUUUCUAAAUUAAAUGAUU